GAUAUUCUGUCUGUUCUUAGCGCCUCUGCGUGCCAAUUUUUAAAAGAUGAGCACGUUUAGCUAGCCAAUCUAACAGAGUGUGAACUAGUGCAGCAGUCUACGAAGUAGUGCCGCAUUUGUACAAAGUGAGACAAUUGGGAGCACGUUUUAUCAGUAUGACGUGCUACUGUGAAAGGUGAGCUAUACAUGACAUGGAGAACUACAGGAAGGCAGGUGUUGUGGAGCAGCCAUGUCCGUGCCCGUUUCCUGACCUCCCUGCUGAUACUCCUGAGGUUCGGGUUCGGGAUGGCAGCAAAAUCCGCAACCUCAUGAAAUUUGCCCUGAGCCGCAUGGAGGGUAAGGCAGCGGAGAGUUCUGGUGCUCGGGAGGAGGCGGAGCCUAAUGCAGUCCCAGGGCAGACCUUGUGCCGGCAGAUUGUGUUCACAGGUAUGGGCCCGAGCGUGGCUAAGGCCAUCACGUGCGUGGAGAUCCUGAAGCGGCGCAUUCGAGGUCUGCAUCAGUUCACUCGACUCCUCUACCGGACAGUGCAGGAGACGUGGGAGCCGCUGGAACCUGCUGCCGGCCUCGAUAGCCUCACCGUGAGCAGGAACGUGCCGGGGAUAUGGGUACUACUCUCCCGAGAACUACUGGACUGCAGUCAGCCCGGCUACCAGGCUCCGGGCAGCUUCGAUGCCCUGUGGGCGCAGGCUGCUAAAGAGGAGGUGUCUGCGGCACAGAGGCACGGACAGAGGAGGAAGCAGGGGGGUGGAUCUGGGGGCAGAUCUGGGGCAGCUAGAGGAAAAGGACCACGCAAGCAGGCGGGGCGACCCAGAGAAGGACGUAAAGUGGCAGGGCAGGCUGCCAGCGGGCAACAAUGAGCCAAGAGGCUGGGGCUGCUCAUAUCCACCACGGAAGUGCCAAGAGGAGGCGUUGGAGCUGAUCAUAUCCAUCAUGCAUGAGCUGAUAGGAGAAUGGAGCAGGAAAGUGCUGAAAAGAGGAGAGUUCUGCAUCUUCCUUCUGGGUGUGGUGAUCUCCAGUGAUGGACCUGUAAGAACAUCAAAUAGGAAAUUCCAUUAAAAGAAUGUAGAUUAUCAUUUCUGAAAGAAGUGGCUUUUUUGUUCGAUUGUUCGUCCACCUCCUUUAAAGUAGUGUUAAAGAAAUCAGGUUGUAUGCAAAAUGCCAAUUCUGUUUGAAAUAAAACGGGCGCUAAUAAUUACUAACUUUUGCUUUUGACUGUGUGUUAACAUAACAGCUUGAAGAACUGCAUAUAUAAAAGGUUUAUAGUUUGAAGUUUAAUUAAAUUAAUCUAGGUAUUUACCCAGUUCCUCUUCUGAAUAAGCUGGUUCAACACAAGAUAAUUGUCCAGCUCCACCCGUUUAAUUACUUCCUCCAAGACUGGUAAAAAGUGAUGGGAACUGACCAUAACCUUGAUUAUGUGAAUAUGUAGAAAAGGGCACGGAGCUUUGGAUGGCGGAGGUAUUCGUCUUGUGCGGUUUACUAAAGUGACUAAAACGGCACAUUCCUUGUCACAUGAAACACUUUGUCCUUAAGACUGGUGUCCACAGCGUAUGAUGCAAAACCUUUUGGAAAUGGUGCAGUUUGAAUGUCAAAUUUGUGUAUGUGUAUUCAGAGGAGGUGAGGGAAAGAGCCAUGCUUCACUGAUUCAGUCUCAAGGGACGGUGCGUCUGUUCUGUUUGGUAAGACAUUUCUACUUACAAAAAUAUUUAUGAGCUUUGUGGUAAAUUCAGUGUGUUUUGUAAGCAUUUUUAAAUAUUGAGUUGUUCAAUUUGAUAAUCAAGAUGGCAUUGUCUUGUAAAAAUAUAAAACUCAUAGGAUCUUGGCACAGAUUUGGACAAUUGUGCUUUGGAAAUGUGCUUUGGAAAAUGACUUAAGAUGUCUAACGUAUUAUACACUGAGUAUUAUGUUCCACCUUUCUAAAAUAUUCAAGUACAUAUUUCAGAGAUGAAUAGAAUUUUAUUUUCAGUCAAAAAAGUUUAAAUGUUUGGGGUUUUUGUAAAUUGAUUACUUUGUUGCAUCAAAGCCUCUCUAGAUUACUUUGUAAAUGGCACAGGGAGAGUCUCCCUAAAUUCCCCUUCUAUACUUUGUUGUACAUACUACAACAAAGUAUAAAUGUAUUACAUUUAUACAGCUGUGCAUAUAGUGUGUGUAUGUGUAUCAAAUAAAAGGAAUAAACCAUGAAAUCAUUUUAA